UUUAGUUAGAGAGUUCGAGUCUGAGUCCCUCUGAGAAGUAAAACCCUCUCUGAACAGAAUCCUGAGGCAGUAAUGGCGUUCAUCGAGGACGGCAUCGACCUGGACGCGUCGGACUUCGCGGCGUCAGUUCCGCUGAAGAAGGUCCCAAACGGGGACGUGUUCGAGGCGUCGAGGGCGGGGGACGUGGAGCGGCUGCGCUACCUGCUGGAGUCUGGUGUCAAUGUGAACGCCCGCGACCAGUGGGACUCCGUUGCUCUCUACUACGCCUGCCUUGCCGGCCACCUUGACGCUGCCCGCAUGCUUCUCGAGAGCGGCGCCAUCUGCUCCGAGCACACCUUCGACGGCGACCGCUGCCACUACGCCGCCCUUAAUCUCAAAGUCCGCAAACUCCUCAAGGCCUUUGAGGCCCGCCCCCCUCCCUUGGCCCCCUUGCAGGCCGCCCUCCGUGACACCUUCCUUUCCUCCCCCGCUAACCGCUCCUUCUAUGACCUCUCAGACACCGACUUUCAUCUUCCGGGUAUUUCAUCCACCCAGGGAUCCAGCCGUGGCUAUUUUCCUCCAGAUGUAGUUUUUAUUGUACAUGGAAGGCCUAUUGAAGCUCACAGAGUCAUAUUAAGCGCAAGGUCACCAUUUUUUAAGAAAAAGUUUGAGACUGAUUGGAAAGAUCGCAGUGAAGUGAGAUUGCCACGGGAAAAAUUGUCAUAUCCUGCGCUCUACAGCCUUAUACACUUCUUUUAUUCGGACAGAUUAGAGAUUGCUGUGGAUGACAUGGAAGAUCUUGUGAGAAUCUGUAAAGUAUGCAACCUCGAAUCACUGCAGAAAAUUCUCGAGAAAGAAGUCAUUCAUCAAAAGUAUGCGGAAUAUAAAGCGUUGAAGGAUGUAGAUAAUUCACAGAAACGAUACAUUUUGCAAGGUCUGUCCCUUCCUGUAGAAGACAGGCUUCCUGCAGCCUUGCACCUAAUCCUUCAAACUGCCCUUUCAAAUUCAACCCUUGGAAACGGUCAAGAUGAUGCAGUUGAUAAAUUGAUUGCUGGGAUAGGUGCUAUGAAAAUGGGUAGAUCUAUUGAUGAUCUUGCUGAUGUAUGUGUAAGAGUUGAUGGGAAAAAUUUCCGUUGCCAUCAAGUGGUUCUUGCAUCAAGGUCUGAAUAUUUUAAGACAAGAUUGUUGCGUAUGAAGGACUUCCAUGAAGGGGAAGAUGAGUUAUAUUUGGAUUUACUUCCUUGCAUUGAAGAGCAUGAUUUGAGUACAGAUGCAUUUGAGAAAAUGAUUGAAUAUAUGUACACUGAUGGCUUGCAGGAUAUAAACCCAGAUCAGGCUGAGGAAAUGUUUGACGUUGCUUCUAGAUACUUAUUAUUUCCUCUUAAGCGUGCGGUGGCUGAUGUGUUGUUGCCACACUUGGAGAUGGUGUCACCCGAAGAACUGUGCCAUUGGUUAAUAUUAGCAGACCUGUAUGGUGUUUUCAAGAUUCGGGAAUAUUGUCUGGACACCAUUGCUUGUAACUUUGAAACAUUUGCUGAUACCAAAGAGUUCAGGGCAAUGCUGUUGACUUUCCCUCCACCAUCUGGAGACUCCUCUCUUCGUACUACUGUCCCAAGCAUGCCUGGAUCUGAUCUAAAAUCGGAUCAAGGAAACCUUCUCGAUGAUUUGCGCGAGAAAUGGCUUGAAAUUGAAGCUGCUGAGCUCGACGAGAGAGAUGAGAGUGCGUUGCAAUUUGAUAAGCGGCUCGAGAUGCUUAUGCUUGUUGCUGAGCAAGAAAAAUCCGAUAAUUCAGAAGCUGAUGCUGAUGGUAUGGAUGACCUCAAAACGUUGGGUUUGUCUCCAGACAGCACAUUAAUUUCAGGUGAUGCAGAAAGAACUGUGAUAAGUUAAUUGGAAUAAGAUGUAUAGCUUUUCUUUGUCAAAGAUAGUAAGUUAGGUGGCUCGGAGUUCUUAAGUUGGGUUUUUGUAACUUCUGUUGCUCGAGCAUUCAUUUAUUCAUACGGCUCUUUCAUAAUCA